AUCGGAACGCGACUCAUUUUUCCGUUUAAACGUUUUGGGCUCGUUUUCAUCAGCGCUCGGGCGGGUUUUAUUGUGAAAACCUGGCAACCCGAGUCUCUGACAGCUGUGUAACUGGAAUCCAGCCGCAGAUAACUUUGCGAGGAGCGGAGCCGUUAACUCUCUUAAAGAGACAGGAUUUUAUCAUGGAGACCACUUCGUUAGAAACGGCUGUCGGUGUAGUUUAAGCUGAAGCGUGUAGAUGUGUUAUCGUUAAUGAUGUUCCGUGUGUUCUCGCUGGCGGCGGCGGAGCGCGGGAGACAGAAGCGGCGGCUCGAGCUCAGUCUGGCGGGGAUCUGUGAGCUCGAGCUGCUCAAGCGACGGCACGAGGCGAUGAUCACCGGCGCGCUCGCGCUGCACGCGCCCGAACCCGAACCCGAGCCGGAAAGAGCCGAGCGGCCGAGCGACGACACGAGCUCUCCGGACGGCUCGUGGAGUCUGAUCAGCAUCCUGCAGCAUCAGGUGGGAGAGCUGAAGCUGGACAGUGGCUCUGCUGAACGCCGAGACGACUCCAGUUUCCCUGAUCAGGCUGAGAUCCGCCCUGUCCAGCUCACUGAGAGACCCGAGUCUGUUGGUGAUGUGUUUGUGGGCCGUGAGCUAGUCACACGUUCUCUCCACAAACCCUGUCUGCUGCUGGAGGGCGUCCCUGAAGACGAGACGUGGAUCUGGCAUCCCAGUGAGGACGCAGAGGAGGAAGAUCCCAGCAUAGACGACUACAGACAGACACAGCGCACAGAAGCGUACAUCCUCGGCCUGAUCCAGCGCCGCUCGCCUCCCUCUAGACCCAAUAAACCCCGCACCAGCGUGACUGUGGUCAGACAGAGCAGCCUUAGCCACAAAGAUCCGCCGUACGUCCCAGACGAGAGACAUGCGUGGGACGAGGCCUGCUCCAUCCUCUAUCCCAGACCGGCGCUAGCUGGGAUCCGCUCCACCAGCAGCGAAGCUGAAUCGCCGCAGCACUUCUACCAACAUGAGCGCUCGCCCUCAUCUGAGGAGCUAGUGAAUGCACAGUACAUCCCAGCACAAGCCACCGCGCACCGGACACACCGGACCCACGCCUCUCCAAAACCCGCGUCCUCUCAGCUGAGAGCCGCAGCGAAGAAGUGCCGCUUCACGGAGGACAAGAUCGCGCCGAAGAAGCCCAGACGGAAAACCUGUCGCGCUCAGUCCGAGAACAGCCUGCGAGAGCCCAAAUACAACACAGUGGAGCGGGACGCGGUGCGCAGCGCUCCUCCUAAAACACGCCGUGGCUCGGGUCACCGCCGCUGGCGCUCCACGCUAGAACUGAGUCAGGACGAAGCCGAGACGCCUCCUGAACAGCCAAUCAGACGCUCCCGUAGACCUCGCGUUUACACCCAUCUUCAUCAUCACCAUCAUCAUCAUCAGCCUCAGCUGCAGGACGCCGGAGACUCAGAGUCCAGUCUGAGCGAGGCAGACUCGCCCGGCUCCAGCUCACUGUCCUGCGACUCUGACGAGAGCAGCGGAUUGGUCUGGCCUCAGCAGCUCCGCCCACAGCUGGCCCCGCCCUCUCCAUCACACCCACCGCAGCCUAAAGCCUUCGUGAAGAUCAAAGCGUCGCACGCGCUCAAGAAGAAGAUCCUGAGGUUCAGGAGCGGAUCACUCAAAGUCAUGACCACCGUAUGAACGACACGAGCUCCAGCGGAGAGACAGAACCGGAAUAUGGAGUUGAAAUUAAAGAAAUGGAACGAAAAUCAAAGGAAUUUGGUUUUCCGUAUUUGGUGUUUAACACGAUAUGAAAGAGAAUUUCCCUCUGGUUUUCCUCCAAAAUAAAAGCUCUAUGAUUUAGGGUUUGAAAUCAAAGACAUUUUUUUUGUAUUUAUAAAAUAAUAAGUAUUUUUAUUUAAUAUUGUUUUAUAUAAUUAAACAACCAUACAUAUUAGUAAAUAAUAUCAUUAUUUGUACUCUCGUACAAUUAAUCGUAUACAACUGUUAUAUAAAAUGAUAUUAAUUAUUAUAUAAAUU